AUGCUGCUCUGGGAACUGCACAAAUUUGUCAACCGAUCGAAACAACUGCGGCCGCUGUGGUGCUCCACCGUGCACCGGAAAUCCGCCCGCAUGCUGUACCGGGACAUGUGCGGACCUGAGCUCGAGUUCAUCGCAUUGCGGAUCAUUGCAACCCAGCCAAUCCUGUAUGCUGCUCUGGCAACUGCACCAACCUGGCUACCGAUCGAAAUCAUUGUGGCAGUUGUACUGCUGCUCCAUGCACUGGUAGCAUUCCAGCAUGCUGCUCUGGUGUCUGUACAGACUUGGGAUCGAAUCUAUCGCGCUGUGGUAGCUGUACCACAUCUCCUUGCACUGGCAAUGUACCAGCAUGUUGCUCCGGUGCAUGUGCAGAUUUGA